AUGACGACUGAUUCACCUAACACCAGUACUAAUGGUGAGAUCACUAGACCACCAGUCAACAAACACAUCCUCCAAAACCAGUUUAGUAUAGAGUCUGUCCAAGGCGGAAGUGGCACCAGGCGUCGAAGAACUACUUCCGGUGGAGGUUUACACAGACAAUCGAGUCUGAGUCUUCAUCACUGGGACUCUUACAAAGUAAUAAAGAAAGAUGUCGAUGAAGCCCUUGAGGAACAUCCCGAUGACGUCAUUAAGACGAAGGUACCAUGGUGGACAUCUCACAGAGUACGUCUGUCCUUUCUUUGUUUUAUGGGAUUUUUCUGUCUAUAUGCUAACCGAGUUAAUUUAAGUGUGGCGAUAAUUUGUAUGGUCAAGCAAGAACUGACCAAUGACACAAGUGUAAACACACAGAGCUUCGUUAACGAAACUGCACAGGUGACUUUCCAAAGCAACAAUUACGUUCCCGGAUUAAUCACACCAAACAGAUCAUUUGAGAACCAUCAUAUCGAAGGUCCGGAAGUAAGUGUUUGUCCGACGUCUGCGUGGUCGAGUCGAUCACAGCCAGGGGAAUUCGAAUGGGACAAGUUCCUCCGAGGAUUUCUACUUGGGGGAUUUUUCUGGGGUUACACCAUCAUGCAGAUUCCUGCUGGCUGGAUGGCGGAACGAUACGGUCCGCGGGAAACUGUUUUUGGCGGGAUGUUUUUGGUGUCGACACUCACACUACUUACACCGCUGCUCGCCAGGGGGAGCCCUUAUCUCCUUCUGAUUGGGAGAGUGCUGAUAGGAGUUGGUGAGGCGAUGAUGUACCCCGGAGCCCAGGUUUUGUGGGCUAAAUGGGCCCCACCACAGGAAAGGAGUAGACUUGUCGGCUUCUCAUUCGGAGGGUGCCAGCUAGGGAACGCUCUGGCGUUUCCAGUGGCGAGUCUCCUUUGUCAGUACGGAUUCGAUGGAGGCUGGCCCGCCAUCUUCUAUGUACUGGGGGGACUGGCUCUGAUUUGGACGUUUGUGUGGUUGAUAUGUGUUAGGAACACACCAGCAGAAAAACCAGGAAUAUCCGAACGAGAAGUGAGGUAUAUCGAGAGUUCGCUUGGAUGUGUUUUCUCUACAAAGAACUCCGUCAAGAAGAAACAUCUGAUUCCAUGGAAAGCUAUGCUUACGUCACUUCCGGUGUGGUCUAUACUGGUUGCAAACUUUUGUGGUAACUACGGAGCGUAUAUGCUGCUGACGCAAAUGCCGACGUACAUGAAGGAAGUCCUUCACUUCGAUAUCAAAUCGAAUGGAGUCUUUUCCAUGAUUCCUUAUAUCGUAUUUUGGAUUUUCGUCGUGAUUGCUGCCCUGUUUGCCGAUUUCUUCAUAUCUAGGAACAUCUUGUCUAUUGAAUGGACCAGGAAGCUGUGCGGUUCUAUAGGGAUGUUUGUUCCGGCUGUUUUCCUGAUUGCUGUAGGUUACAUGGACUGUUUCCAUCAGAUCGAGGCUGUCGCCUUGUUAACGUUGUCGUUGGCGUUCUGUGGGUUUCAGUUCGCCUCAUUUUUUGUCAACCACGCCGACAUAGCACCGAAAUACGCUGGAACUAUUUUUGGAAUAACAAACACUGGCGCAAGCGUACCAGGUAUCCUGGCUCCGUACGUCGUUAGUGCGAUCACACAAAAUAAAACACCUGCAGAAUGGAGGGUAGCUUUUUACAUAGCCGCAGCCAUUUAUACGUUCGGUGGUAUAUUUUACAUCGUGUUUGCCAAAGGAAGGAUACAACCAUGGGCUUCAGAUGAAGAGGAUGACGAUGACGAGGAUGUUAAGUUAAAGGAUUUCUCUGAAAACACUAAGACAUUGCUUAGUAAUGAAGACAAGGCUGAAACUAACGGCAAGCGUAAAACAUGAACUGGAGAAUUAGCCGAGGCAUGGUAAAACUGAUUAGCUUAAACUCAGUGCAAACAUGAACUGGAGAAUUAGCCGAGGCAUGGUAAAACAGAUUAGCUUAAACUCAGUGCAAACAUGAACUGGAGAAUUAGCCGAGGCAUGGUAAAACAGAUUAGCUUAAACUCAGUGCAAACAUGAACUGGAGAAUUAGCCGAGACAUGGUAAAACAGAUUAGCUUAAACUCAGUGCAAACAUGAACUGGAGAAUUAGCCGAGGCAUGGUAAAACUGAUUAGCUUAAACUCAGUGUAAAGAUGAACUGGAGUACAGGGACAUGUUACUAAUGUGGCAUUAUUUCCUAACUUGAAUGCUUAUAUCUCAAUAGACACAAAGACACAUAUUUACCAGCAGAGUGUUGGUGUCGACAGAGCGGACAAGGACUUUAAGGCUUUUUUGGCAACCCGCCCCUUUGUCGGUAUUUUAAUGUAUCAAAUUGUCUAUGUCAACUACAAUUUUAUUUAUUAGUAUUGAAUAUUGAUAUUCAUUUGCAUGCAUUGUUCAUCAUUACUUGGUCCGAGACCAGAGAUACCUACUGAAAAUCCUUCGCUAAAUGGUUAAUUUAUUGUGAAAAGACAAGUAUUUUUUAUAUGAUUAAAUUUGAAAUUAUUAGAAAUAUAUUUAAUGAGUGAAUUUUCUAAUUGCCAAAGAGAUAUAUUUACAUGUACACAGGUACAUAAAUACGUGAUAUUAUUUCUGUGUGUGAUAUCGUUAAUAUUCGUGUAGAUUUUAUCAUGUGAGUUUGUGAUUUCUGUGUAUCUUACAUAAUUAAGCGUAAUGUUUGUUUUGUUAUAGGACAAAGAUUGUGUUGCAGACCCCAGAGCUUUGAUAUUUUGUACGAAAGGGCACUUACAUAUAGAAUCACAUUCCAGAAGUAUUUACAGACCUGUAUAUAUCACGUAUGCUUGUUCGGUAGACUGUUAUACAGGAGCUAUAACGAAGUGUAGGAGAGAAAUGAGGCUUUACGUGGGUGUGA